AUGGCUGCCGACAAGGCCGCCGCCGUCGCCUCUGGCGCGGACGUGGGCGAUGGCCUCAGACAGCGUCCCGUCGCCUCGUCGCAAGCCACCUCCCAGCCCCAGUUCGCCCAGCCCGAGGACAACAAGAAGCUGGCCAAGAAGGAGAAGUCCUUCCUCAACGUCCUCGACGAGUGGGAGGUUGUCAUUGCCCCGCUGAUCUUCACAGCCCUGGCCAUCUUCACCCGACUAUACAAGAUUGGCAUCAGCAACAUUGUCACCUGGGAUGAAGCCCAUUUUGGCAAGUUCGGAAGCUACUACAUCAAGCAUGAAUACUACUUCGACGUUCACCCUCCCCUCGGCAAGAUGCUGGUUGGUCUCUCCGGAGUCCUCGCUGGAUACAACGGAUCGUUCGAGUUCAAGUCCGGCGAGAAGUACCCCGAAGAUGUCGACUACACCUUUAUGCGUGCCUUCAAUGCCGCCUUCGGCAUUGUCUGCAUUCCCCUGGCCUAUUUCACCGCUCGAGAGCUCAAGCUCCGUCGUCCCGCUGUCUGGCUCGUCGCUCUCAUGGUUCUCUGCGAAAACUCGUACACCACCAUCAGCCGCUUUAUCCUCCUCGAUUCUAUGCUCCUUUGCGGCACCGUCGCCACCGUCUUCUGCUGGGCCAAGUUCCACAACCAGCGCCACAGCAGCUUUGAGCCCGAGUGGUUCUUCUGGCUCUUCAUGACUGGCGUCAGCAUCGGCUGUGUCUGCAGUGUCAAGCUCGUUGGUCUCUUUGUGACUGCCUUGGUUGGAUUGUACACCAUUGAGGAUCUCUGGAACAAGUUUGGUGACACCAAGAUGCCUGUUACUACCCUCGGUGCCCAUGUCGUUACUCGAGUCGUCGGUCUGAUCGUCAUCCCCUUCCUCAUCUACAUGCUCUCCUUUGCUCUGCACUUUGCUAUCCUCGACAAGACCGGCCCAGGCGAUGCUCAGAUGAGCUCUCUGUUCCAGGCCAACCUGAAGGGUACCAAUGUCGGAAAGGACAGCCCCCUCGAGAUUGUGUAUGGUUCCCGCGCGACCAUCAAGAACAUGGGAUACGGUGGUGGUCUUCUCCACUCUCACGUUCAGACUUACCCUGAGGGUUCUAAGCAGCAGCAGAUCACCUGCUACCACCACAAGGACACCAACAACGACUGGUUCUUCUACCCCAACCGCCGAGACCCCGUCUACAACGCCGAGGACCCUGAGCUUCGAUACAUCGGUGACGGUUCCAUGAUCCGUCUUAUCCACGCCCAGACUGGCCGUAACCUGCACUCUCACGAUAUCGCCGCCCCCAUCAGCCGUGGCCAGAAGGAAGUUUCUUGCUACGGUAACCUGACUGUCGGCGACGAGAAGGACCAUUGGAAGGUUGAGGUUGUCCGUGAUGCUGCCUCUCGCGACUACAGCAAGCUCCGCACCCUCACCACCGCUUUCCGUCUCAAGAACGAGGUCAUGGGCUGCUACCUCCGAGCUGGCAAUGUGAACCUUCCCCAGUGGGGUUUCAAGCAAAUUGAGGUUACCUGCACCAAGGACAACAACCCUCGCGACACUUACACUCACUGGAACGUCGAGGCUCACGUGAACGAGAAGCUCCCCCCCGCUGAGGCUGGCGUGUACACCUCCCCCUUCUUCCACGACUUUGUUCACCUCAACGUUGCGAUGAUGACCUCCAACAACGCCCUUGUUCCCGAUCCCGAUAAGCAGGAUGAUCUCGCUUCUCAAUGGUGGCAGUGGCCCGUGUUGAACGUUGGUCUCCGCAUGUGCGGCUGGGGCGAUGACAUCGUCAAGUACUUCCUGCUUGGUAACCCCCUCGUCUACUGGGGCUCUACCGUCUCACUCGGCGUUGUUGGCCUCGUUGUUGUUUGGUACAUCCUCCGAUGGCAACGCGGCUUCGAGGAUCUCAACGAGAAGGAGAUUGACCUGAUCCACUACGCUGCUCUCUACCCCAUCGCCGGAUGGUUCCUUCAUUACCUCCCCUUUGUCAUUAUGGCACGUGUUACCUACGUGCAUCACUACUACCCGGCUCUGUACUUUGCCGUUCUCACCUUUGGCUUCCUGGUCGAUUGGUUCAUGCGCAACCGCAACAAGGCCAUCCAGGGGGUCGUCUACGGUAUUUUGUACACCGUCAUCAUUGGCCUUUACGUGUACUUCAUCCCCAUCUGCUGGGGCAUGACCGGAAACCACAAGCAGUACGGCUACAUGAAGUGGUUCGACGGCUGGCGCAUCACUGACUAA